AUGACCGAAGAUGAUCAACAAAAUAUACAACGACAAGAACAAACUUCUCCACCAUCACUACCACACCGACAUGAUUAUCGUCUAGCUUCGAUCAGUAUUCCACAUGGUUCUGAGAAUGGUGAAGAUGUACUAGGAAUCAGUGCAUUUAGAGUUGGUGUUAAUUUAGAUUCAGAAGAAAAACAUAGAAUGUCUUUAACUGAUGAACAAAUAAAUAUACUUUUAAUGGAUAGUAGUAUUGGUUUAUCAACAAGACAAUCUUUAUUUUCAUCAAUGACAAAUACAACUACACCGUUAUCACCAUUAACAACAUCUAAUCGAAAUCAACCUGUAAUAACACCUUCUGGACCUAGUGAAGUAAAUAAUCAAAUUGAAUAUCAACAAAAACGAUCAUCGCCAAAUAUCAAUGGUACAGUAGGCGAAGAUGAUGAUGUCACGCCUUCGGAACCAUCAACACAAACAGAUUUUGGAAAGAAAGCUCUGAUGGCAAGAAAUUAUCAUACAUUGAAAUUUAUGGCUCUUUGUCUUGCUUUUAUAAUUAAUUUUCUUAUGUUAUUUUAUAAGGCAAUACCAUUAACUACAACAGUUAGUGAAUCAGUUUCUUCUGAUAAUACAGAACAAUUUGAUGAAGAUGACAAUGAAAUAAUAGUAAUGGAUCCAAGAAAAUAUUAUAUGAUUUAUUUAUUACGAGCAGCUGCAUUUUUACAUUCAUCAAUUGCAUUUUUAAUGAUGAUUAGUUAUUAUAAAUUAAAGGUUCCAUUAGUUAUAUUUAAACGAGAAAAAGAAAUAGCUCGAAAAUUAGAAUUUGAAAGUGCUUGGUUAAUUGAUCAACCAAGUGAAAAUAAUUCUUGGAUAUUAUCAUAUUUAUCACGUGAAUGGUAUAAACUUGUUAUAAGUUCAAAAUCAUUUCCUGAUUCUUAUUGGAAUAAAUUUGUUAAGAAAAAAGUUCGAAAUAAAUAUGCAGAUCAAUUUGAUUAUGAUGAAUUAAGUCGAUUUUUGGGUAUGGAAAAAAAUGAUACACCAGGAAAAUUUGAAAUUAUUAAACCAAUCGAAACUGGCUUAUGGACAAAGAUUAAAUCUAUUGAUAUGCAUUAUCUAAUUUGGAAAUGA